AUUUCUUGUUCUGUGAACAUAACCCAUUUCUUUUGCGGGAGAAUCCAAAAAUGUAAAUAAAUAUUGACCGUACGUUUUUGUUUAUAAUAGAGAAGUAUUCAGUACUUCUGUGUAAAGUGUGAAGUCUAUCAGUUCGAUUCUACAAAAUAAUGUCGAAAAGGAACCGCAGUUUCGAAAAUAGCAGCAAUAAAAAACAUAAAUUGGAUGAUGAUAUAGAUGCUCUUUGGGGCGACGAUUUGGAUGAAACAGCAUUAGAUGUCUGUAUUAAACUAGCCACACAAGCAUUUGAAGAGGAGAAAGUAUGUACACAAAACACCUCACUGCGUCCAUAUAGUUUCUUCCAAAGACCUGAUGAAAUUUUUGCCUCAACUCAAAUAAAUUCAAAACCAAGCACAAGCAAAGCAUUUUCAACAUUCACUGAUAUCCAGUCUGAAGAUAUCAACUUACGCCAAAAAUAUGAAGAAAAAGAGGGUGAGGUUGCUAUACUCAGGUCACAAAUUAAAGAAAUAAAAGUGACUCAUAAUAUUAAGCAACAAAAGAUUCAAAAUGAGUGGAAACAUAGAUUGAGUGGUACUGAGAAGGAGGUACAGUCUAUCAAAAGUGAAUUAGAGUUUAAGAAUCUAGAAAUAGCUAACUUGAAACAACAGCUAUCAGUGUUAGCAAAAUGCAAAAUCAGUACACUUCCUGCUACAAAUAAUGCUAAUGAUACAACACUUUUGAGACACAAUAGUAGUAAAGAAAUUAAGGAAAUUCCAACCUUGAGGACCUGUUCAUUGUAUGGAUCUCCACUUAUAGCAUUUCCUCUCAAAGAUGUUUUAUGUGAUGGGUUUCUUAAUGCACCAAAGAAAGAGAAGCAUACAAUCAAGACAAAGGUGAUAAAUCCUUGUAGGAAUGCUAUUCCAUAUCUUCAGAAUAGAACAAUUUCUUUAAGAACCAUUGUGGAAGAAACUAGCUUAGAAAUCUCCCAUAUAAUGUCCAGUGUGUAUGCUUUAAUAGGUAGUUCUGAAUCAGACUUGGACUCGGAUGAAUCUAUAGGACACAUAGACCGGUUGAUAUGGGCAACAUAUGAGUUACUAAAUAGCUUCAAGGGGCUGUUAAAUGCAAUAAAAUUAAAUCUGAGAACAGAAGACCUCUUAGGCUCAGAUUCAAAUUAUUUAAAUAAUGGUGGAUCAGGCUUCAGUCAUAGUACAGACUGCAGUUAUGAAGUAGGAAAAAAAGCUGGUGUCUUAAUGCAGUUUUUUAGCAUACUUGUAUGCCACAGUCACUAUGCAAAAAAGUAUUUUUGUAAACAAAGUGGGAUCAAAUGGUCAGAUAGUUUGAGAGGACUUGUGAGGGUUCAAGGGAUUACAAGCAUUACUGGAAAUGAUAUGCUGGAAAAAAUAUUGAAAACUGUGAAACUGAUAGGUGAAAUUAGGCUGUCAGAUAUAACACCAACUUUUCUAGCUUCCAGUAUAAACUUAUUUGUUUCUCUUUGUAAAAUAGGGUGCUGUGAAUUUAUAAACGAUGUAUUCUGUGAAUUCACCAAAGAGACAAUCUUUCUCAGAGCAUCACAUGACAUAGUUUUUCAACUGACAUAUUUAUUCAGGGAAGCAUCACUGAUUCCAUCAUUUUCAGAGUUUUUGUUCAAUAAAGCCAAAGCUAACUCAACAAAUACAAAAGGAGUUAUCUAUUUCAGUAAUGAUGCUUGCAGAUUUUACAUAUAUGCAAUGCAGUUUGAGAAUGCUUCAAAUCAAGUUGGGACCCUGCCACUCAAUAUCACAUUGAAUAUGCUUUCAUUUAUGUACAACACAUAUAAGUCAGCUUAUUGGAUUCAUCACACUGACAUCAAAGGGUGUGACUGUUUAGCACAGCUGUACAAGUUGGUGAUGGACAUCAUUUUUAAGGCAUUGGAGAGUUACAAGAAAAUAAAAAAGAAAUGUGAAAGACAAAAGAGUAAGGAGACACAUUGUCUAUUUUAAGCUAAUAUUGACACCAUGAAUGCAUUAUUCAAAGACUGAAUAUUUUAUAGGUCAGUGGGUCGACUUUUUUAAGAAUAGUGUAACUAAAAAUGUAGUACAUUUGAUGACAUUCCAUAGUUAUGAGUUGACAGAAAAAUAUAUCACAGUUUUGGCAGAAUACAAGGAAAUAGAGAAACUGUUAGAAGAUGAAGGUUUGAGUGAUGUGGAAAAUAGCACCAUAAAUGAAGAAAUGCCAGAUAUUGACAGUGCAUCGUUCCUAGACUGGUGAAUCAUCAUUUUUUUGAUAGUUUUUAGAAAUGAUCGGAAAACCACUUUGUCGCUUAAGGGUAGCCUGUCUAGGGGCCAUAUUGUCAGUCGUUCUUACAAUUUGGCCUGCUUGAUUUUGAUAGCCUUUUUUCUCCUUCAGGAAGGCUAGAUUUCUAUUGAUCCGUGUAAGCGUCAGCGCUUUCUUAUUCUGUGGCUAGGUUUCCUUUUGAAUUAUGAAAUUUCAGGCUGAAAUAACAUAUGAUAUAAAUCAAAAACAUAAGCAAUUUGAGGCAAAUAAAUAUUUGUAACAUCACCUCAAGGAGCCCUACAAUAAUUUGUAUUCAGAAUGUUCAUGCUUUUGAUUUAUACCAUGUUUUAUCAGCCUAAAAUUUCGUACAACUUAAAAAGAAAUCAUAACUUCACAAUAGGAGAGCAGUGAUGCUGAAACGGAACAGUAGAAGUCCCCAGCCUUUCUGAAGGCGAGAAAAUACUAUGAAAAUCAAGGAGGUCAUAGCCUUUUCUCUCCUUCAGAACUUUCUAGAUUUCACAUGUUCCGUGUGAGUGUCAUGCUAUUGUGAAGUUGUUUUCUUUUUGAAUAGUAGGAAAUUUCAGGCUGGUGAAGCAAAUGAUACAAAUCAAAAGCAUGGACAAUUUGAUGCAAAUAGAUAUUUGUGAUAUAACCUCAAAAUAGAGCGCUGACACGGAAAAGUAGAAAACUAUAACAAUCAAGGACGCCUACAAUUGUAGGAACGACUGACGAUACGGCCCUAAGGGACAGGUUUUGAGAAUAACUUAUGUUUUCAUAAAGUUAUAAAUCACUUUUCGCGGGUGCUCAUCGCUUUGUGAAAACCGAAAUUAUUCUCAAAACGUCAAUACCUAUAUAUAUUAUCAUCUCAUAUUUAUUUUACUUUUAAUGCCUUAGGCGGAAUAUGGCACGAUUUAGUUUAAUAGCAAAAGACAAUGUAUGCUUGCAAUUAAUUUUUUUUCUAACCUGUAUAUUUGAAAUGGUUGCCAGUUAUCUAGACAGCCUCCUACUCAUAUAAAUACAUACAGAUAACUGUGAAUUUGGAUAUUCCCCUAAAGUGUGAUCUGUACAAAACCAGACAUUUGGAGAUGUUCUUGUCUUAACUAAUUGUUAAAUGUUUUCCAUGUAGGUAUUUAUUAAAAAUGUAUUCACUGUUAUUGUGUAAUUGUUGCCAUUUAAAGUGUCUUACGUUUUUAAAUUAUACAGAACUAUGGCAGAAAUUGCACGUUCAUUGAUUUCAGAGAAUGGCCAGGUGAAAUUGUUAGGAAUAUUCAUGGAUUAUUAUGUGUCCUAAUAGUCGGUACCCAAAGGUAAAAUUGUGAGAAAAAAAUAUAUUAAAAGUUUUUUUUUGUCCGCGUUUGUAUUCCUGCAAUUGUCAUUUUUCAAUAUGUGUCUAUAAUACAUUAUUUGUUGUCUACUUUUUAUAUGAGCAAAUGCAAUUGAUUCUUCCAAAUUAUAUUACUAAAAAUGGUGCAUUAGUUUUCCUUGGCCCACUCUUAUCAAAAUUAUC